AUGAUGGAAAGGCUUUCAGCGCUGGUUCUGGAUAGUGACCCAGCAUCCUUGUCGACCAUCUCUGAGACGCUCGCAAAGUUUAACUUCAAAGUUUUCCCCUUCCAAACAGCAGAAGCAGCCCUGGAUUUCAGUGAAGGCGGGGCUGCUAAAGAAGCGGAGCUUGAUUUGGUAUUGGUGGAUGUUAAUCUUAACAAUAUGGCACCAGGCACUUCCGCAAACUCUGAUCUGCUCCAUUAUUACAUACUGAAUGAACUUGAAGUCCCUCUUACCGCAAUGUGUUCUUGUGACGAUGAAGAGGCACUUUCCAAAUGUAUGAACCUGGGUGCAUGCUUCCAUGUGCUGAAGCCUCUGGACAGAAGAAGCUUCAGCAUUCUGUGGCACCAAGCACUGGAACACAAGUCUAAAAAGGCAGCACCUCAAGGACCAACUCUUAAUAGUACCAGAAAUGGAAUGGUUUCAUCAUCUACUGAAAAGCCAAAGGAAGUGCUUAUCCCAGAGAGAAAUGAUUUAUCCGAUCCUGAAAGCAAUGGAUAUGAAGAGCCAAAGAAGCGGAAUCGGAUCACAUGGACCAUUGAGCUCCAUGAAAAGUUCUUGGAGGCUGUCAAAGCUCUUGGGGGGAAUGAGUAUGCUACACCUGAGGGGAUCCUCCACCUGAUGAAUAUAAAAGGUUUGACUGCGAAGCAUAUUGGCAGCCAUCUCCAGAAACAUCGAUUGCGCCACCGGAAUGCAAAGCAAGGAGGACAGCGCCAAGAGAAUGCCAGCAGAAAACCAAUGGGACAUGAUGAAGGCACUUCUGAAUCCAUCACACCUAUAGUUGAGACAGAUGUGGAAGUGUACCCCUUAAGGCUGUGGACAGAGGUGAAGAAAAGGUCAGCGGACACAGUGGCUCUGAACACUGAGGACACACAGUCUGUGUGUAUGUGGGAUAAGUAUGAAAAUAACCUGCAUAGAGUGUUCUCUGAGAAAAAGAAACGUUGGCAGUUCAUGUGCGAACAUCGGUGGCCUGUGAAGAACAAUAUUGUUAUCACAGAUGCAGGGGAUUCAAAUGAAGCCCCUGAAACUGCUGGUUAUGGUGCAUUCACAGAAAUCUCUGGUUCAAGCAACAUGUUAACGAGUAAUCAGGUGGGAGAGAACAAUCGUACUGAAUUUGCCAGAGACAAUGACCACAGGGAGAACAUUAAUUUGCUCAAAGUUUAUGGUGCAUCCAUAGAAAACGCCGGUUCAAGCAGCCUGUUAACAAGUGAUCAAGUCGGACAAAACAAUCUUACUGAAGCUGCCAGAAACAAUGACGCCAUGGGGAACAAUAAUUUCCUUGAAGGUAAUGUGGACCCGGAGUACAAUGCAUCAAUGGAUUUUUCUGUUGCUUGGGCGCACCUAGACAGCAAUGAUCUGGACCUGACAGGCCCUUCUGAUGGCUGGGAGGAAGCAGAUUCAUUUCGGAUGAGUCAGCUGGAAAGCCUUGGCCUAGAGGACCUCCGUGACAACGCAUGUAAUGAUGCUCUGAGAUCGGUUGGUCUGAUUAACAUAGAUGAACCAGUAACUCAAGGAUCGCAAGAGCAGCAAAGCCUUGGCAUGGAGGAUCUCCAGCAAGUAGAUGACAUUCCAUGGGAUGAUGCUCUGAUAUCUGUGGGGCUUAUCAACUUAUUAGAUGAACCAAUGACUGAAGAAGCCGCCGUUGGAGGAUCACAAGAUCAGCAAAGCCUUGCCCCAGAGGUCCUGCAAGCAGGUAACAAUGCAUGGGAUGAUGAUCUUAGGUCGGCGGGGAUGGUCAACUUAUUAGAUGAACCAAUAUCUCAAGAAGCCGCUAUUGGCGAUGCUCUGAUGGAUGACCCUGUGAGCCCGAUUGCCCAAGACGAUGUGUUAUGGGCUUGGAGUCCUGCAAUGCCAGCGGUUGACUAUGGCAUGCUCUUCUGA